UAUUGUAUUUUGUAAAUACAUGCACAGCAAAGAGACUUUGAAACUGCCAGCACCUACUGCACAAAUACCAACAACGAAGUGCCAUGUCGAUCAGCUCAAAGGAAAAGACAACCCUUGCAACACCCUCGCUACACAAGCAAGUCAUACCAAACAAAGGAGCUCUACCAAGGUCGAAUACAAUAAGAAAAAUAGCACUCCUUCACACAAGCACAUACGAAAACAAUGCCUCACCAACAUGGAAGCCAGUGCACCGGAUGCCACCUCUCCACAACAGCACACAAUAAAAUGGCAAAUUAGCAACAUUGAACAACAAAACUUCACCCCUGUCAAAAUGCAACCGCACAAAAGUGAACAUAAAAAAGGGUAUCGAAGCCAUCUAUCUCAUUUCUACUAACACUAUUU